GUGGUUUAAAUGGGGCGGGGCCUAGUACGAGGGGAGCGUGUAAGGCUCAUUAAGAGAAGACGGUCGGCUUCAAGGCACAGCAGCGUCUGCACAGCUCCUCCACGUGUGACUGAAAGCUCAGGUAAAGAUGGCUAACUCCUUCGCGCGCCUGAUGUCGGGCCGCAACACUGCCGCCCUGCUGGCCACCAUGGGGGUGGGCACCUUGUCCGCCGGUUUUCUGUUGAGCGAAGGGAAUUCUUUGGCGGCGGAGGCAAGGAAGAAGCUCUAUCCUGCCAGCUCUGACUUCCCCGACCUUCGCAAACACAACAACUGCAUGGCCACGGCGCUGACGCCAGCCAUUUACGCCAAACUGCGGGACAAGGUCACAUCCAACAAUUGGACUUUGGACCAGUGCAUCCAGACGGGCGUGGACAACCCCGGGCAUCCGUUCAUCAAGACCGUGGGCUGCGUGGCUGGCGAUGAGGAGAGCUAUGAGGUAUUUGCUGACCUCUUUGACCCGGUCAUCAAGGACCGCCACAAUGGCUAUGACCCCAGAACCAUGACCCACCCCACGGAUCUGGAUGCCUCCAAGUUGACCAGCGGCAUGUUUGACGAGAACUACGUGCUGUCGUCUCGCGUGCGAACUGGCCGCAGCAUCCGCGGCCUCAGCCUCCCGCCUGCUUGCAGCCGAGCGGAGCGUCGCGAGGUGGAGCGCGUGGCCGUCACGGCGCUGGGUGGCCUCAAGGGAGACCUGGCAGGACGCUACUACAGCCUGGCAGAAAUGACCGAGAGUGAGCAGCAGCAGCUCAUCGAUGACCACUUCCUGUUUGACAAGCCCGUGUCUCCUUUACUUACCUCGGCUUUCAUGGCCCGUGACUGGCCUGACGCCAGGGGCAUCUGGCACAACAACGAGAAGACCUUCCUGAUCUGGAUUAAUGAAGAGGACCACACCAGAGUCAUCUCCAUGGAGAAGGGGGGCAACAUGAAGAGGGUCUUUGAGAGAUUCUGCAGAGGACUUAAGCAGGUGGAACAUCUGAUCCAGGAGAGGGGCUGGGAGUUCAUGUGGAACGAACAUCUGGGCUACAUUCUCACGUGCCCCUCCAACCUGGGCACGGGGCUCAGGGCGGGCGUGCACGUGCGCCUUCCCAAACUCAGCAAGGAUCCCCGCUUCUCCAAGAUCUUGGACAAUUUGCGUCUGCAGAAAAGGGGUACGGGUGGCGUGGACACGGCGGCCACAGGCGACACCUUUGACAUCUCCAACAAUGAUCGUCUGGGCAAGUCAGAGGUGGAGCUGGUGCAGCUGGUGGUGGACGGCGUCAACUACCUGAUCGAGUGCGAAAAGAGGCUGGAGAAGGGCCAAGACAUCAAAGUCCCGCCUCCCAUCGCCAUGUUUCGCAAAUAGAGGAUACAUGCAAGCGCAACCCACACACCAGUAAAAGCUCUAGAUUAUG